AUGACUGUUGCGGAGUUAGUUAGGCAACCUGGCCGAGAAUCGCUUCAGCGCCUUGAUCCAAAUUAUCUUAUUGUCCCAAACACCACUUGGUUUGAUUUGUCUGGCAAUGGUAUCACCAACAGCCUUCUUAGGAUGGAGUACACGAUGCUAAAGCGUGGUUAUCCAACUUUCUAUGACAUGCCUGCAGAAGAUCAAGAACUUUGGUUUCGGCAAUUUGCGCAAGAGUUCACUUGGGAAUCAGGGAUUACCGAACAAGUGAAAAUUGUUUUCCGCCGCAAAGCAGCUUCGCACUACACCAAGCGGAUCAAUGAACGUUUGGCGGGAUUUGUGUGUCAUUGGACGAAAGAUGAGACAAAGUCUUUGUCGACAAUCAACUCGCAAAAUCGGUGUAGCAGCCGUGGCGGGAAAGGGAUGUUUGUCCACAACUUAGGGGCAACAAGUUUACAGACCCGAGCACUUCAGCUAAUGAAGGAAAACGGUGGAGUUCCCGUAGAUGAUUUUACCCUGAUGAAGAAUGCCUAUACCAACAAGAAGACUGGCGUGAUUCAGGAUGGACUUAUUCAGGACGUAAUCCAGGUCGUGGAAAAUCGAAAAGAGGAUCUCCUCGCGACUCAAGCUUCUAUGUGUGAAGAAGGCGAUUCUGCAUCUUCCAACUCCUUAACCGUAGAGCAACUCAACAACCUUGUUCUCGAGGCUGUUCCAAGGAAAAAGGGCCGUUAUGUUGGAUUGGCUCGUUCGACCGGAGGGGCUUCUUCUUCUUCUUCAGCUCACUAUCCACUGGUUCAUGAGCUUAUGGAGCAGAUUAAGACCAAAGAUACGGAGAUUGAGUUCCUCAAGAAUGACAAUGCUGAAAUCCGGGUUGAGCUGCAGCAAAACCGAACGACUAUGGAGCAAAACAAUGUUCUCACCCAGACCUUGUUGCAGAAGUUUAGGAGCCGAUUCGGUGAAGACUUUUAGUUGUUUUUU